AAUGUGACAUGUGAAUUGUCUUGUGUAUUGAAUGUUGAUCUACUACCUAUAUGACCCAUGUCUAUACUUGUCGUUGUCGUAUCUAAUUAUUUGUGAUUGUUAGACCUGUGAAUCCAAAUAUUGUUUUAUGCCUAGGUACUUCAAACCUUCAAAAAGUUAAAUUACCUUAAAAUGGCUUUAGUCGCAUACGAAAACAGUGACUCGAGUGACUAUGAGGAGGAAACCAAUAAUUAUACUGCUAUUUCUUCAGUGAACACCAAAACUGAAAUCAAACACGAUCCAACAGUAUCGAAGCCUGUUACGACAAUUGAGGAUGAACAAGAGCUACAGCCGGAACAGAAUGAACUGAGCUUAUUUAACUUCUUACCUCAACCAUCGAAACAAAAACCAGCAGUCAUUGAAGAAGAUGAUGAAUUCUUACACAAGAAAGAAAUAACAAAUGCUGUGAAACCUAAAGCCAGGAUAACAGUACCCUCACUGAAUGAU